UUUCUCUCUCUCUACAUGGUCUCAGUGCCACUAGAGGGAACAGAACACCAAAACCAGGAGCUAUAAACAAUAGGACUACAUGGCUUUCAUUUUUCAUCUAAUGGACAAUGCCCAGCCUCCAUUCUGUAACUGACCAAGCGUGCCAGCAUCUGCAGUGAGAGAGGAUGGAUCCCGCACUUCUCUCCUAUGCGCUGUUAGCUGUCAUGAGGACAUGGCACAUGGCAGCACAGUUACUCACAGAGUUACUUGCAAAGUUAACAGAGGAUGAAUCGCAGGCACCUGAGUGUGAUAUGGACAGCAGCAACUUAUCAGUGCUUUGUGCAUUCACUGAGCAGCUGCAUACGGUAGACCGUUGCUUUUGGGCUAGGGAAACAAGCACUGAUUGGUGGGAUCGCAUUGUCAUGCAGGUGUGGGAUGAUGACCAGUGGGCAUAGAACUUUAGGAUGCAUAAAGCAACCUUCAUGGGGCUAUGUGCUGAGCUGUCCCCCAACCUGCGGCACAAGGACACCAGAUCGAGAGCUGCCCUUUCGGUAGAGAAGCGUGUUGCAAUCGCUGUGUGGAAGCUGGCAAAUCCAGACUGCUACUGGUCUGUUGCUAAUCAAUUUGGAGUGGGGAAGUCCACAGUUGGGGCUGUAUUAUUCCAAGUGUGCAAAGCAAAUCGCAUCCUGAUGUGGAGGACCGUGAUUCUGGGAAAUGUGCAUGAAAUAGUGGAUGGCUUUGCAGAGAUGGGUUACCCUAACUGUCACGGGGCAAUUGAUGGCACACACAUUCCAAUUUUAGCACCAGACCACCUUGCCUCUGAAUACAUCAAUAGGAAGGGAUACUUCUCCAUGGUGUUGCAGGCACUUGUGGAUCAUCAGGGGUGUUUCAUGGACAUCAAUGUAGGCUGGUCUGGAAAGGUGCAUGACACACGCAUCUUCAGGAACAGUGGCCGGUACAGAAAGCUGCAGGCGGGGACUUUCUUUCCAGACCACAAGAUCACAGUUGGGGAUGUGGAAAUGCCCAUAGUAAUCCUGGGAGACCCGACUUACUCCUUACAGCCCUGGCUCAUGAAACCUUACACAGGGCACCUGGACAGCAGCAAGGAGCGUUUUGACAACAGGCUGAGCAGGUGUCGCAUGGUAGUCGAAUGUGCCUUUGGCCAUUUGAAAGCUUGCUGGAGAUGUCUCACUGGCAGGCUAGACCUUACCGAGGAUCAUAUUCCUGUGGUCAUAGCCAUGUGCUGCACUUAGCAUAAUCUGUGUGAAUCUACGGGUGAAAUGUUUGCUCAGGUGUGGAGCACUGAGGCAGAGCGCUUGGCUGCACAGUUUGAACAGCCAGAUGCUAGGGCUGUCAGAGGAGCCCAGAGGGCUGCUAUUAACAUCAGAGGGGCUUUGAGGAACCACUUUGACAAUGAGGGGCAGUAACACGUCUGCUUUGGAGUUUCUUCUCUGGUGCAUCCAUGUACAAUUUUGGGGCCCAAGAUCCAUGCAACACAAUGCUUUAGAAGCCUGUUUCCGAGAGUGAAUUGAUUGCUAUAUGCUUUUGUAGAACACAGA